UCUGACAUAUUUUCGCAGAAACAGUAGGCGUCCCCUUCGUUGUGUGAAAAGUGGUACAGUCCAGAGGGCGCGAGGUUCUGAACUGUUUUGGUUGACAGGAUGAAGCCAGCAGGAGAAUCAGUCAGAAUGGAGGAGAAAAUGAGUGAGGAGAACAGUGAGGAGGUGAGGCUGUUGGAGGCUCAGAUUGAGCGUCUCCAGGCUGAAGUAACAGCAUUGCAGCACCAACAGCAGGACAACCACAAGGACAUAACGUUCCACCUCAGAGGACAAAUGCAGGAUGCCAUGUCAUAUAUGUGUGGACAGAGACAAGGAGGAGGGAAGGAGAUGGUGCUGUCGAGGCUGAAGGAGAAGGUAGAGGAGCUGGAGGAGGAUCUGAAGCGCCAGACACAGAUGAAUGGCAUCAGUGUGGACAGCUGCAUCACCAAGACACUGCAGAGCAGUGGCAGUGAGCUGGCCCAGCAGCUCUGUGUAUCAGGUCACUGCUCUAAACUGGUCUUUCAGGUUGAGUUUCAGCUGUCUGAAGUCAAGGAGGGUCAGAGAUCUGAGAGGACGAUCACUGAUCUGAAUGUGGUGAUGGACGCCAGUGACCUGCACAACUUCAGCAGUUUCUUGUCUGGGGUGGAGGAGAGCAAGGACCUUCUGCUGUUCUUCAGGACUCUCAGGACUUUCUCAGACAGAUGUGAUGACCGGUUCAGAACCUUCCAGCACUUCCAGGAGAAGUAUCCGUCUGUCGUCUGUCUUCCAGGAGGCUGCAGGUCAGAGGUCAUGACCCUGAAUCAUCCUGAACUUCCAGGCUGCGUCUUGGUCGUUCAUUGGUCGGUCGAGGUUUCCAAGGAGGGCGGAGUCACUCCGAAGAUUGACCUGGUGACAAAGAUCCCUGAGAGAGCGCUGCAGCUGUUCCCCUCUCAGCCUCUGGUCGGCGCUGCUGAGGCCUUUCAGAGCCUGCUGAGGAUUCUGGGACCUGAAGCUGCCAUCGAGUCCGUCAUCAUGGCGGUCAGCCUCUGACAGGACACAUAACUCACACCUUCAUCUCUAAAAUGUAAAUCAUGAACCUUUUUUUUUUUUUAUAUGUUCUCACAUGUCAAACCUGACGGAUAAAUAAAGCAAACACACGUCAACA